AAGUGAGGUUAAUGUGUGUCUGUCCAUUGCCUGAACCUUCCAGGGUCACGGUGCCAUAAUUGCAAAGAAGGUUAAUGUGCGUAUACAUUGUCUGAUAUUGCCGCUUGUCAAAGUGCCAAAUAAGAGAGCUAAACAGAUUGCGAAUCAAAAAUCGAAAAAGAAAUUAAAUCCAAGCGAAGAUGGUGUCGAGAGCAACGUCGAGAAGAAUUCCCGAAGCGGAACCGCGAAUAGAUUAUGUGCAAUGCGACGGCCUGGUGGUGAUGAAAAUGGUAAAACACUGUCACGAAGAGUCCUCGAGUAACAUGGAAAUCGCACAAGGUGCUCUUCUCGGCUUGGUUGUACACAAUCGUCUUGAGAUUACAAACUGCUUUCCUUUUCCUAAGAACGAUGAAAUUAUGGAUGAGGAAGAAUAUCAACUUGCUAUGAUGCGAAGACUGAGAUGGGUGAAUGUCGAUCAUUUUCAUGUUGGUUGGUACCAAAGUGCGGAUGUCGGCAACUUCUUGAAUCUGUCUCUCCUGGAAUCACAGUAUCAUUAUCAAACUUCUAUAGAAGAAUCGGUUGUUCUAAUUUACGACACAGCAAAAUCAGCCAGAGGUUUCUUGACACUCAAAGCCUAUCGUCUCACUUCGCAAGCCAUACAAAUGUACAAGGAAAAUGAAUUUACUCCGGAAGCUUUGCGCACAUUAAAAAUAGGAUAUGAGAGCCUCUUUGUGGAAAUUCCAGUAGUGAUAAAGAAUAGUAACUUGACAAAUAUUAUGAUGUCCGAACUAGACGAAAUGAUUCCUGAAGAGCAAGGUACCAAGUAUUUGGAUCUAGGAACUGCUAGUGUAUUAGAGAAUCAGUUACGAUGCCUGAUGGAUCGGGUGGACGAGCUGAAUCAAGAGGCCAUGAAAUUCAACAGAUAUCAGCAAUUGGUAGUUCGACAGCAGCAAGACAAAAACAGGCUGCUGGCCAAAAGAGCUCAAGAGAAUGCUGCUAGAGCCGCGAAAGAUGAACCACCACUACCCGAUGACGAUAUUAACAAAUUGAUGAGACCUUUGCCAGUUCCGCCAAGAUUAAAUCCAAUGAUUGUUGCUGGACAAAUUAAUACAUACAGCGAACACAUUUCCCAAUUCUGUUCUCAAAGUUUAGCAAAAUUGUACAUCACUCAAAGUCUACAAAACGCAAAGGAAGCUAAAUCAUCCCAUUGAAAAACUACUGUACAUGUUGUGAAUGUUGACACUAAUUAAGUAUUUAUAAUAUUUACAACAUUGAAAAAAAUAAACAGCAAAGACUUAACUAGAAUUAAAAAUAAAA